AGGAUUACACCGAUACGCGAAUUUAUAGAGCUUGCAGGACAUACAAGGCGUACUCGAACUUUUCCGAUCAAAAGAACUGUUAUUAUAAUUCAGAAUAUUUCCAAAAUGCAACUGGUAUAUUAGAUAAUAGAAGAAUUCGAUAUGAAAAAUAUACUGUGGUAACUGAGGAUGGUUAUAUAUUAUCACUAUUCAGGGUAGGAAUGGGUAACAAAAAAGGUGUUGUCGUAUUUCUUCAUCCCUUGUCAGCAGACAAUACCGUUUGGUUGAUAGGAAGAAAUGAAUCUUACGUAUCAACAUUUUUGGAUGCGGAAUACGAAAUUUGGUUGCCAAACUGGAGAGGUCUUAGAUUUUCUAGAGGACAUAUCAGAAAGUUAUCCUCGUUGGAGUAUUGGAAUUUUAGUUUUCAUGAAAUAGGAUUAUAUGAUUAUUCCGCCAUAUUUAAAUUUGUGCAUUCCAAAACGCAACGUAAGGUGAUCGCUAUCAGUCACUCCAUGGGAUCGACAGCUUUGCUGAUAUACGCAUCUUUGAAGGCCGAAGAGUCCAAAAAAUUUGUCAAAAUAUUCAUCCCCAUGGGAUCAGCUGCUUAUAUGACUCAUACAUUGCCACUAGCUAGAUUACUAAGUUAUGGUGUGCCCAAUAUCGUACAGGCAUGGCAAAGAUAUUCUAAAGUUGGUGCUCUAUUCGAGUCGCAUCGAAGUUUUCAAGAUUUUAUUAAAAAAGUCCUACUUUAUUGGAUUGCACCUAUAAUUGUACCAUUUGUGCCAAUUAUAGCCACUGGAGAACCUAAAAUGGCAAAUCCAGAAUAUAUACCUAUGACGUUUUCCAUUUCAUUUCAACCCAUCUGCAUAAAAAUUCUGUACCAUUACGCACAACUUAUGCACAAUGGAAAUAAGUUCUCCAUGUACGAUUAUGGAGAAAAAUCUAACUUGAAACGUUACAAUUCCAAGGAGCCACCUGAAUAUCCAUUGGAAAAUAUUUCUGUUCCAGUUUAUGUUGUCUAUGGCACAACAGACGAACUGGGUGACGUCAAAGAUACUGAAUAUUUACUGGAAAAACUUCCCGAAUCGGUCAAAAUAUAUGGUAAACUUAAACUGGAGGGCUAUAGUCAUGUCGAUUUCUUAUGGGCUAAAGAUGUAAAAGAAAAAAUUCUACAAAAACUAGUAAAAUUAUUAGAAAAAAUAUAUAACAGUUUUUAA